GCGCGGUUUCACGUUGUGCAGUGUACACACUUGUCGAAUCAAAAUUUCGGUUUUUCUCGAAGUUCGAAAAUAAGUUCUAAAAUUACUAAUUGAUAAAAAGAUUCCUUACAAAACAUCCCUACUUCAAUACAGACCGCAACAUAACAAGCAUGGUUCCAAUAUCAAGAAAAAACAUUUCGAUUCAAACAAGCAGCAAUUAGUUUCUGAGAAUAAAUAGGAGAAGGAGAAAAAUAAAGGAAAAACGACAGUAAAAGUGGCGACGAUGACUGAAGAAGAGGUUCAACUUUUGAACGACAUAAUUGAGAGUAGAAGAUUAAAUUGUACAGAAUCUAUAAAUGACGAGGAAUUGUACAAUGAUGUUCUGACAUGUCCAGUUCAUUUCGAUGGAUGGUCCUGCUGGCCGGAAACGCCUGCUGGAUCAAUAGCUAAUCAGUCUUGUCCUGAUUUCAUACCCGGGUUCGAACCAGCAAGUACUGUUUUUUACAAAUGUGAAGAAGAUGGAUCAUGGUACUUCCACGAACCGUUUAACAGAACAUGGGUUAAUUACACUACUUGUGUUAAUACUGAUGAUUUGUCCUUUCGCACCAUUGUGAUAAUCAUUCACUCAGUGGGCUACAGCAUCUCCUUGGUGGCCCUGCUGAUUUCGUUGGCGCUUCUAUUCCACUUCAAGUCCAUAAGAUGCGCUCGAAUCUUGAUCCACAUGAACUUGUUCGCAUCAUUCGCCAUCAACAACUUUUUAUGGUUGUUGUGGUACUAUUUAAUGUUUGAUGAGACUGAACUACUUUUCGCAAAUCAGCCCUGGUGCAUAGCCCUCCACACCAUCCUCUACAGUUGCCUAAUAUCAAAUUAUUCUUGGAUGUUAUGCGAAGGACUUUACCUGCACACCGUCCUGGUGUGGGCCUUCAUUUCCCAAAAUAAUCUCCUAAUUGCCGUAAUAUUAAUUGGCUGGGGCAUCCCUGUGGUGACAACGCUAAUAUAUGUACCUGUCAGAAGUUUAAUGGGAGAUGGAGAAGAACUUGCCAUGUGCUGGAUAAAAGAAAGCAGAUUCGAAAUCAUCAACCAAAUCCCUGUAGCCGCGACAAUUAUCCUGAAUCUCUUCUUCCUCAUAAACAUAGUUAGAGUCGUUGUGGUAAAAUUAAGAAAAGGUCCUGCCGAAGGUCAAGGUAGUGGUGCUUCUAGCUCUUCAAUACAAGCAUUAAGAGCGACGAUGCUAUUGGUCCCUUUGCUGGGACUAAACUUUUUGUUGACGCCUUUUAGGCCUGAAAAUAACGAGCCUUGGUUAUACUUUUAUGAUUUAUUAUCAGCUGUGACUACAUCUUUUCAGGGUCUUUGCGUGGCUAUUCUCUUUUGCUUCUGCAACGGCGAGGUUCAAGCUCAAAUCAAGAGAAGGUGGAGUACUGCAACCUUCAGACCAAGAACAAACUCUUGUAGUGCCACCGCUGUAUCGUACGUCAGAUCUUCAUUACCAAAUAAUGACAAAGACAAAGUAUGACUAGGGUCACUGGGCCGCAGGGCUUCCCAAUGGAUGACAGAGAGAAGGACAUCCACGCUUAUUGUUAAAAGUAACGACAACUUUCCGACAACACCAGAAGCUCAAUGUGUAUAGGACACGGUGUAUUAAGUGUAUCUGUAUACCGGAUGACAAUGGGACCAGAUUCACGUUAAUAUUUUUUAUAUUUAUAAAGCGAUUUGGAUCAAAUUGGUAACAAAACCUAACUACUAGACGUAAUUCAGAAUUGAUACUGAUACACAAAAUGGCCGAAUUUUGGUUUUUAUUUUAUUUUUUAUAUAAAUAAGAGUUCUUUAGUUGUAUUAGUCAUAAACAAGUGCUUAUUAAAUCAACUUGUUUAUGACCGAUUCGACCAAAGAUGUCUUAUUGAUAUAAAAUUCAAUUAGGGACAGUAAAUUAUCCCUGUAUGUUUUAUAUGUUUGCAAUUUACGGUUCAAAUUACAUAUAACCGUGUUUUAUUUUUGUAGAAGGCCACUAUAGG